GCUCGGCUGACGCUGCCUGCUGCUGGAACCAGGAAGGCGCUGAGCUUAAAUUGAAGCAAGUUCUGAGGACGCGGCGGCGCCGUGGUUAGAAGAGGGGGUUCCAGGUCCCAACGUCAGGAGGUGCGAACCCGAAGGUCGACCCAGAAAUGGGACGCCGUUCUUCAGACACUGAAGAAGAAAGUAGAAGCAAGAGAAAAAAAAAACAUCGGAGGCGGUCAUCUUCAAGCAGUUCUUCAGACAGCAGGACAUACAGCCGCAAGAAAGGCGGGAGGAGGCCAAGAUCUGAGUCAAGAUCCUGGUCUAGAGACCGCCAGCCUCGCUCACAUUCUUAUGACAGAAGGCGCAGGCGCAGAUCAAGCAGCAGCUCCUCUUAUGGCUCCAGAAGAAAAAGAAGUCGCAGUCGUUCCAGGGGCCGAGGGAAAUCCUAUAGAGUUCAAAGGUCUCGGUCAAAGAGCAGAACAAGAAGGUCCAGGUCAAGACCUCGUCCACGCUCACAUAGUAGAAGCAGUGAAAGAUCCAGUCACAGAAGAACUCGUAGUAGGUCCAGGGACAGAGACAGGCGUAAAUUCCGGGACAAAGAGAAAAGAGAAAAGGAGAAGGAUAAAGGCAAAGACAAAGAAUCGCACAGCGUCAAACGCGGGGAUUCUGGAAACAUCAAAGCUGGAUUAGAACAUCUGCCUCCAGCUGAGCAGGCCAAAGCCAGACUACAAUUGGUCCUUGAAGCUGCUGCAAAAGCUGAUGAAGCAUUAAAAGCCAAAGAAAGGAAUGAGGAAGAAGCAAAGAGAAGAAAAGAAGAAGACCAAGCCACCCUGGUCGAACAAGUAAAAAGAGUAAAAGAAAUUGAAGCAAUUGAAAGUGAUUCUUUUGUUCAGCAGACAUUCAGAUCAAGUAAAGACAUCAAAAAGGCAGUAGAACCAAGUGAAGUGAAGCAUGUGACUCCAGCAUCAGGACCAGCAUCGGUUGCCACUGACCCACCCAGCACUGGAAAGGAAAUAGACCCUGACAGCAUCCCCACGGCUAUCAAGUACCAAGAUGACAAUUCUCUAGCUCAUCCAAAUUUAUUUAUUGAAAAAGCUGAAGCUGAAGAAAAGUGGUUCAAGAGAUUAAUUGCUCUCCGACAAGAAAGAUUGAUGGGCAGUCCCGUGGCCUAAGCAAUAGACUUACGAUUGGAUUGACAAUAACCUUGAAAAUUUAGGUUUUUAAAUACCAAUAUUAAUUUUUCACUCUUAAAAAUACUUUAGCCAAUUACAUUUAAAAAUCAUCUCAUUUCAUCCCUCAUGUUCAGCUAAAUAUUAGGUAACUUGAAUCUAACGUUGUGAAUAGUGAAUCUAUUAUAAAAGGUCUGAGGGCAUGAACAUAUUAUAUUACACUGUUAAUAAAACCAAUAAUAAAAAUAUCAGUGUUGAAAUAAAUGAAUUCUCAGUAGUGUUUCUCAUGACAAUUCUUAGAAUCGUGUUUUUGACCCACUGUUGUAUAAUUUGAUAUACAAGAGCAUUUUAGUAUGAGGAUGAGAUUCCAUCUGCUGUGUACUGUGAAACCCAUCUUGAACCUCUUAGCUUGCCUUUCUUAAGGGUUUUUGGUAUCAUAAAAGGUACCUUAGAAGGUCUAAGCAAUGACAUGUUAGAUUUGAAGGCAACAUGUUUUGUGUCAAGUGUGGACUCAGUCCUCUAAUCCUAGUGCUUUGGAGGCUUAGGAGGGAGGAACUCAGCUGCAGUCUGCACCGCACAGCAAGUACCGGGACACCUCGGACUACAUGGUGAGGCCUUGUCUGAAAAAAGGUUAGUUACAUAAAGGAAUAGUUUUUGCUUAGAGAUCAAUUUGUAUUAUGUGUUCUUCUCAAACCUGUAACUAGACCUCAGUCCUUUCCUUUAGCAAUCACAUGUCCAGUAUGUUAGUCAUCACUGUGCAUUGCUAUGACAGAAGACCUGGCCUAACUUCAGGGGAAAGGCUUAUUUUAUUUGUCUUAUGCUUGAGCAAUUUCAGGCCAUGGUCAGCUGGCUCCACUGCUUGUAGAUCAGUGGCAGGCAGAAGCACAGCAAGAGGCCACGUCCCAGGAAAGCCUCUCACUAAUGGCUGUCGGGAAGCAAAGAGACAGGAAGGGGCUAAGACCCUGGUAUAUCCUUCAGGGACAUACACUAGGCACCUGCUUCUAGUCUGUCCCCUACCUCCUGGUAGCUCAUUCAGCUCUAAGCUCAUGGUUUAGUCCAUUGAUGAAGUAACAAUCCCCACGUUCCAGUAACCUUCUCGCUAACACCGCCAGCACAGAGCCAGGCCUUAACCAUUUGAGCCUUUUGGGAGACACUUUACAUCCAUGCUAGACGUGUGUGACUGACCCAACACUCAUGAUGGAAGAAGAGUUUCUGAGAAAUAAGAGCUCUUGCAGCACUCCUGCUUCGGCAAUGUCUGUCCCCUCCUGAGGAAACCACCAUGCUGUAUGCAGAAUGUUUUCUAGUAGACCAGCCAUGGACAUCUCCACAGUCCAUACUAAACAUGCUAGAGAGAAGGGCUUUGGGCCUUGCUGUACAAAAUGGGAUUUCACCUUCUGACACACUUUUUUUCCCCAUUUUUUUUCUCUGCUUACUUUUACACUGACUCUCUGAAGACUGGAGCUGAGGGCACAGCCACGGGAAGUCCCUGGGACGAGAUACAUAGGCCAUUUUGAUUCCGUCUUUUUUACACUUUAGAGCUACUGAAGUUUUCAUCUCUGUUAAGGAUGGAAACAGGAAGAGCCUCACACUCAGUUGCAGGUGCUAUAAAGAGCGUUUAUCUUAAAAUGUGUGUUUUCAUGUGUACAUUUUCUUGAUCUUAGCAAAGGCUAUUUUUCUUGGCUCUACAAAUAAACAUGCCCAGUAUAAAGGCAGGUCCAUGUGGUUGUUAAUGUAGAAACGCAGCUACACAGAAGUGACUUCAGGAAGGAUUAAUUUUGUCAGAUAAUUCGUAAACUGUGUUCUCCUGCUAUUAGGAAGUAUAUGUCUUGGAAAGGAUAUAGGUUAUCAGUUGGCCAUAGGGAGCCUCCACACUUCCUUCAUCUACACAGCAAUGAGAAUACAGACAUCUACUUUAUAGUAUGCUUUCCUCCUAUGUGUCUCAGUGACAGGUACACCAAAUACAGAGGCUUGAAUUGUAAUGAAUUUGCAUCUUAAAGAUAAAUCUUUUGUGAAAAAUAAAAAAAAAGUCAAGCUUUGUUUUGUUUCUUUUGUUUUAAGUAAGCAAAUAAACUUGGUCCUAAAGAACUCA